GUGUUCGUUCGGCCGAUGUCGCGACGUACGGACUCUGCACUCUCGGAGUCAUUCCGAGAGUGUGCACGUUGCAGCGCGGAUGUAAAUUCAUAGACAAUCGAUCGAGAUAAUAAAUAACGGACUAAGUUAACAUGACGCCGUCACUCUACGUCUCCCGAAUAAAUCAAAUCGAUGCCGCCCAAUUGGACAUCGAGAUCUACAAGGUGCUGAAGGAUCAAGCGAAAGAGAUCGCCAAGUAUGGCGCGCCCGGCAAGAUCGACAAGUGGCAAGCGGAGAUAGACGUUCUCCUGAAAUUUCUCAUCUGGAAGUUCUCGCUGCAAGGAGGAUCCUCCACAUUCGGCCAGAAACUGCUGAAUCUGCACUAUGCCAACAUCAAUCAGAAGAAGGCUGUUCUCUACCUGAUCCUAAACGUUCUUCCGCAAUACUUAAAGCACAAGGUGAAUGAUUGUCCAUCGGCACGUGGCGCAACCGCGCAAAGGCUGCAAUCGCUCGUCGAUUGGACGUCGAACGCGAUCAGUGUCUUGGAGUUCGUCAAUCUGCUCCUGUUCCUUCACCGAGGCGUACAGCCGCGCGUGAUAGAGCUUCUGCUGAAUCUCACCAGUCAGUCGAUAACCACGCAUCGACCCAGAAGUAUCGGCUACUCGUACAUGACGAGAGAGCUGCUGUGGCACGGCCUGAUGGAGCUCUUCACCAUCGGCAUACCCAUGAUAAACUUCUACUACCUGAAGCACACGAUAAUAAGACUGUGGCGACGAAGGAACACGCGCGAGCGCGUGCAGAGGACGUUUCCGGUGAUGAAUGCGUCGACCAAGUGCGCCUACUGCGACGAGACCCCGAUUCUGCCGAUGCACGCCAGCUGUGAGCACAUCUUCUGUUACUACUGCCUGCAGGCGCACUUCACCGCGACGAGCGUGUACCAUUGUCCCAGCUGUGACGCGGAGCUCCACGCCGAAGAUUCGAAGAGGUACACGCUCACGAGUGCAGUUUUGAGUGAUGACGACGAGGAGUCGGACGACAGUUUCGAGAAGGUGGACAGUGGAUGAUGACACAUGUAUGUACAUUUUCAGUUUUGUGCGAUGAAAUUGAUAAUAAUGAUUAUAGUUAUAGUGCAUAGUGUGGAAUGUGAACUCAGUGGUGUCGAAACUCGAAAUUUUAAAAAAGGGACUCUUCUAUGAGGAUUAUCUUCAUCGAUAAAAACAGAUUUUGUUGUUAUGGUAGUUGAAAGAAAUUUCGGAAAGGACAGAUUCACGCUGCAAUUACGAAAAUGAUAAACGUCGCGAAAGUGAAUAGAGAUUUUCAUUUGACAUAAAACAAAUGUGAAUGUACUACUGUAAAUAGAAACAAUUUUGUUAUUAUAUUUUGUUAGAGUUGGCUAAAUUUUCAAAAAGAGUAAAAAUUACUUGGGAGAAACGCCUGUUUCUUAUCGAUUUAUCGCGCAAAGGUAUCUGCAACGUGUACGAGUGCACGUAUAUGUUGUGCGCACGGUAUUAAUAAUUUUUUUAUUAAAAAUAGCAAUAUACAAAA